AUACUUCUCAUCAAUGUAUUAUUAUUGUUUGCUUAGCUUGCUCUUGCUUUUGCUAUUCUAUCACUUUAUAAUAAUAAUUGGUGCCUUCUCUUAACUCUGUUUCAAUAGACAAAUGGGAAAGAGAGGAACAAGGUUACCAGGCUUUUGCCUGAACAGAAUUAGGCCUCAUGCUCGAAUGCGAUCGCCCCCGAUAAUACAAGAAGCCAAGAAGAACGAUGACUCGACCACGAAAACCGGUGAUCAGAAUACAAAGAAUGAGAAUUCUAGCGGCAGUUGUGAGGAGACACCAAAGGAAGAAGCGAAAGCCGGGGUUGUAAUUGGUCGGAAGAUUAUGAUUGUGGUUGAUUCUAGCCUUGAAGCUAAAGGUGCUGUGCAAUGGGCUCUAACUCACACGGUUCAGAACCAGGACAAAAUUAUUCUUCUUCAUGUGAUCAAGCCUUCUAAUAAACAAGCCACUGAAGUAGAAUCCAGCAAGGAGAGAGCUCCAAGGGCUUAUGAACUUGCUUGUUCUUUUAAGAGCAUGUGCAAUGUGAAGAGGCCGGAGGUGAGUUCAUCAGUUAACUUGUUUUUUACGAGACUCUAAUUGAUAACAGGAAUAUAUAUAUAUUUAUUAGAGAAUGAAAUUAUAGACACUUUUGUCUUUUUCUUUCAAUAUCUUGUAUUUCUAUUUGAA